CUGGAGACUCUAUUCGAGUUCGAUUUUGGUGGUUUACGAUAUGGCGAGGCCCGUCGAAACCCUGUGGGUCUAUCUCAUCGACUUCGCUCACGCGUUCGAAAUUCCAAAGACUUCUAGUGUUAUGACAAUGCGGAAUACCUAUGUUCUAUGUCUAUAAAAUGUAUAAUAGUAUAACUCCCCGGGCCCGGGUGCCCCGGGAGACGUUAAGGAAGGGAAAGGGAUACUUUAGGGACGUGGGCAGGGGUGAAUGGUUUCACAAGGUGAAACGGGCGCCCGAAGGGCGCGCACUCCCCUCCGCGCUGCGGCAAAGGGGAGCGGGAGCGCGCAGGCUUUAAAUACAAGAGGGAGGUGGCAGCACUGCCACCGAUUCCCCUUGUAAAUGUGGCAGCAUGAAAGGCCUUCGGUGUUUACUUGACAGGCGUCUUAGGGGUCCUUUAGUGUUUACAUUGAAGGCGAGGGGUCCUCUAGUGUUUACAUUACAGGCGCCUUAGGGCUUGUUGCGUGUGUUUUUCUGCUGCUGUUUUUCUGCUGCUGUUUUGUUGCUGCUGUUUUGUCGCUGUUGCUUUGCUGCUGCUGCUUUGUUGUUGCUGCUGUUGUUUUGUUGCUGUCGUUGCUCUUGUUGUUGCUCUUGUUGUUGCUCUUGUUGUUGUUGUUGCUGCUGUUGUUGUUGUCCUUGCUGUCUUUGUUGUUUUUGCUGCUGCUGCUGUUGUUGUUGUUCUUGCUGUUGUACUUGCUGUUGUUCUUGCUGUUGUUCUUGCUGUUGUUCUCGCUGUCGUUGUUGUUGUUGUUGUUGUUGUUCUUGCUGUUGUUCUUGCUGUUGUUCUUGCUGUUGUUCUUGCUGUUGUUCUUGCUGUUGUUCUUGCUGUUGUUCUUGCUGUUGUUCUCGCUGUCGUUGUUGUUGUUGUUGUUGUUGUUCUUGCUGUUGUUCUUGCUGUUGUUCUUGCUGUUGUUCUUGCUGUUGUUCUUGCUGUUGUUCUUGCUGUUGUUCUUGCUGUUGUUCUUGCUGUUGUUGCUGUUCUUGUUCUUCCUCAAGGGCAUCUGCUGCCCACAUGAAAGCCCUUCAGUGUUUACCUUUAAGGCGUCUUAGGGGUCCUUUAGUGUUUACAUUAAAGGCGCCUUAAGGGUCCUUUAGUGUUUACAUUAAAGGCGCCUUAAGGGUCCUUUAGUGUUCACAUUAAAGGGGAGGGGAGUCCUUUAGCAUUCACACUAAAGGCGUCUUAGGGGUCCUUUAGUGUUCACAUUAAAGGCGAAGAGUGUUCGGGGAUUUUUAAUAGUAUUUAAAUAGAGUAUUAUUUACUGCGUGCUAGUACUUACUUAUUCUCCUGAUCAGAUUCAAGUUGAAUGACGAAGAGAAAGAGAUAAAUUUAUCCUAUUUUCAAAAUCACUUUCACUGCGCCAUCUUCUCCUAUUGAUUCUAAGAAGGCAACUGCGACGAGGACUUCUCUACUGCCCAGGAGCACAUCGAACAGAGGACCAAAUACGAGCACCCCGGUUCCUAGUAGAGGUCAAUACAAACACUCAGCCACUAGCACUUUACAGCAUCAACAAGGCAACCUAAUUAAGGCUCAAAGUAAUUCAUUCUACCUCUAGAUGUUACUCUUCUCUUCCCGCACUGUUCUCUCCGCUUCCAAGCUCGUUUCUACGAGGCAUUUCUUGCAGUUUCCAUCUUGGGACUCUGAAGAAAUGCAGGCAAGAAAUGAAGUGUUUGGAUCUUCUCUAACCUAAACCCUUCCGAAGACUACACCGACAGCGGCCGGGACGAAGGCUAUAUCUAUGGCCUGAAGAGAUUGCUCCAUUACGUUGGCCAUAUGCGGAAGCGAGUGGAGCGAAACCAAUUUGGAAAGCUGGCCGUUCAAAGCAAAAAGACGAACAACUUGUAGCUCAGUUUUUAUAUGUUUCAAAACCGACAUCAACAAAGUAUAUAUUUUGGCUUUCGAGGACUCCUAGAAGUUGUAAUGAAUCACCCCACUCCUUUUGAGAACGUUCCAUUUCCGCCAUGCAGCAAUGGCUUCUGCAACACACUCACACACAUGCUUCAGGUAUCACUUUCACUUCCAUCGUGCCGCAUUGCAUCUGCUUCUUCUUAGAAUAGCCUCUAGGCCAUAAACAUAAUCUUUGUACUAGCAUUUUGUACUAGCGUGAUCUACGUCUUAGAAGCCUUAUAGACUCUACGUGUACCACUUCGAGCAAGAUUUUUGUAUCUGUCCCAAGCAUCAUGGAUCUGCACUGCUGCCCAUCAUGAUCGCACAAGAUUUCGACUUUCAGCACGCUCAUGGUCAUCAAGCAGGACCACAGCUAGGAGACCUCUUUACUAACGUAUAAUUGAGUAUACAUCUGACAUAGAGGGCGACAUCUGAAGACUCACGCAAGAGGUAGAACAAGUACCCCGAUUUCCAUUUUCUGUGUUUCGUAGGCAAUUGUGUGUCCUCUCGGUUGAAAGUUGUUAAUACUUACACUAGCAAAGCCGAC